AGUGCAUAUUCGCGCGCCGGCAAGAGUGGUUCUGUGUCGCCCGUUUUGUAUUAUUUAUUCAAUGUUGUGACAUUUCGACAAAAUCGUUAGUUUAUUUGAAAAACAAACAGCUGUUUCAAAUUAUAAAUAUGGAUUUAACGGUGGACGAAUUCAUUGAUGGCUUGCUGACAGAAGAGGCAAGCGAACAGCCCUCAGAUUCAAAGAAACCUGAAGAUCUACAUAUGGAAUUACCUGAAUGGUACAGUGAGAAGAAAUUCAACCAAGCACGUCGCUUCUUCUGGGACAAUAGUUUUGGGUUGGCAUCUUCAAUGAUGCUGGGCUUGAUAGGGGUGUUCGCAGUGCCUUCGAUACUACGGGUGCUUGUGAGCUCGAGGCGUUCCAGCUCAGUGUACACAGCCUACAAGAGAUACCUAUCAACGCUACUACACACUAUAUCUUGGUUCGAGAAUGAACUUAAGCCUGGCAGUAUAUCGUGGCGAUCCUUACACGCGGUUCGUAUUCGUCACGUGCGUGCGGGCCUCGCUGCCAAAAUGAAGGGCAUUGGCAUUGUGUCACAAAGGGACGUAGCGUUGACACAGUUCGGUUUCAUCGGCUUCUCACUACUCAAGUCUGAUAAAUUCGGUGUCAGGCAAAUGCAAGAGGGCGACUGGGAAGCGUAUAAUCACUUCUGGAGAGUCAUCGGUCACAUGAUAGGGUUAGAGGACAGAUAUAACAUAUGUCGAAAGAGCGUCGACGAAACGCGUCAAGUUUGCAAGAUACUACUCGAUCGCGUAUUCACGCCUUGUUUAGAUAACGUCCCAGAAUAUUUCGAGCACAUGGCUCGAGUGAUGCUGGACGGCAUGUGGUCAGUGAACCCAACGGUCAAUACCACCGCCUUUCUCUACUGGGCCAGAUAUUUGGCUGACGUACCGGGCUAUAUCUACACAGAAGCCGAAAGGGUGGAGUUUCAGAGGAAGCUGCGCGAUCAGUUGAAAGGCAAAUCUGAUGAUAUAGGUGUGGAUUCAUCAACUCUAACAUUAAAACCAGCAUUGGAAGGGCUACCGUCGCGGCCACCGCGUAUUCUAUAUUUACGUGACUACGACACUAUAGAGUCCAUCCCUGAAUAUAAAAAACUGUCAUUUGCGGCAAAAUACAAACUAGCCGCUAACAACUUUUUAAUGGCGUUUUAUUCAACAUAUAUAGGCAAACUGUACUUAAAUUUAAAUUACAUUUUCAGUUUAUUGCUCAUGAAAUAUUUCCCCUAUUUAGCAUUCUUCAGGUUCGGUAUCAAGUCAUCUCUAGUCAAUAUAUUUGUUGAGGAUCCUAUCGACGAUACCGAACCUAAACCAAAUUCGGAGUAUUACCUACCUGAACCACCAAUGCCGUGGUACAAGACUGUGCUAUCUGUAUUUUACUGGUGACGUGGCCAAGAUAUGACGUUCGAUUUCAAGUGUUGCCAGGUUAUAAUAGUUAUAAAGACAAUUUUAAACCGAGAUUCAUGAAAUGCCUAGUAAAAUUAGUAACGUAUAAUAUUCCUGUAACCUAAGUAUUUAAAGUAUUUGUUACCUAAUUUUAAAAUACGUAGUGUCUUUUAGUUACAUCCUUGUAUUCUAUAAACAAGUUCAAAUAUGUAUGUAACCUCAACCUUGUAUGUAAACUCAGACCAACAAAGGAAGAAAGACGCACAUUUCAAAUGACGUAAGAAUCAAGCCAGAAACAUGUUCAACUUAUUGUAGGAACACACACUCACGCACACAUUUUUUUUCUUUCUUUCUUUAUCGACCCGUAAAAGUUGCUAGACGCACACAUAUGCACCUAAAACCAUGUUGUUGGUUGCAAGUUGCAAAUGAUUUUGAUAUACGAGAUAUGCACCUAACGUCUCUCGUAUACGAGUACAUGUUCGAACACUAAAUUGAGCAUAGUUUAGUCUUAGUUUUUACGGCACUUGAAAUGUACGCAGCACUUUUUCUUUCUUUCUUUCUUGGUUUGAGAUCGGAAUAUACGAAUUUGAAACUGGAUAGAUUUAGAACGAGACUAUUCUAUCGGUUACCUCAAUCUUGCGGCAAACCUAUCAAGAAUAGUUUUGGUGGACAACAACUAGGUUUUAUAUUUUUAAAUAUACGAGUACAUCCUUGUUUUGAUUGCAUAUUUUUUACAUCGUGUAAAAAGUCAUAAACUACUCAAUUAUAUUUAUUUAAAGCACCAUUAGGUUGGAAGUGAUUUGUGUCACUUAUAAAAUGUUGUCAUGUUUAUGUUAUUUGGAAGUUUAUUUAUCAUUAUUGUAAUUAUUGCUUUAAAAUUGGUGUGGAUUGUUUAUAUAAAUUCAAAUAAGGUGCAUAAUAACUCUUGUUUUCCUUAUGGGGUUAUAGAUUUUGAAUAUAAUAUGAAUUUAUAUUUGUGAAUUAAAUAGGUAAUGGAUAUGUUCAACAUACGAUAAUCACUAAUGAUAAUUUUUUGUUUGUGUCAUUUUCCUCUUAAUGGUAGGCGCAUUUGUAUUUACAUUAAGUCCUUGUAUUUAUUGUUAACCAAAUUAUACAUUAAAUAUACUACCCAGAUCUCCUUACUAAAAACAAUGGAAUUGCGACAUUGAUAUAAAACAGUAGACCGCAUUAUAUAAUAUAUUCUUAAGCUGACAUUACCAAUAGUCUAAUUUUGUCGUAUGGUAGUGGUAGCUAGCAUAUUUAAUUGUUAUUUUAAUAUUCUAUGUUAUUUCUGGAUAUUAAAAUAUUUGUCUCAUAUCACUAAGUGAUACUUUUUAAUACUAGUAGGCACUAUAAUCUUUGAAUAUAAUUCUAAGGCUGUAAUAUACUAUUUACCUACCGUAAGUAAGAUAUUGUCCGUCCCAUCUACGAUGCAUACCAUACAUACCUACUUUAAGUAAAUACUCUAGUUUUUGAAAUUAAUUUCCACUGAAAGAUAUUUCAACAAAGUUUACUAACAACAGUAGGUGUUUAAGGGAGAGUAUGACAAUAUUGUCUUUUUGCUGCACGCGGUGUCACUGCUGAAUUGAAACAAAUGACUGAAUCCGCGUUGAACAGAACGGAACAUUACAUUGUUAUUAGAAUAAAAAGCCGAGCCGUUGAUCCCGCCGGCAUCAAUGUGAGCAAUAUUUAAGUGCAGAUUUACCACGCGCUCGACAGUGAAGGAAUCACUUGUCCUGGGCUAAGAAAGUUUAAAAAUAAUUCGAAGAUUUGUGAAGUCUACCAACCACACACGUGCAUUUACUUGCCCUAAAAUCCUCUCGGAAAUGCGAGCUCUGUGCCCAGUAGUAAUAAGCAAUAACGUAAGCAGUAACUUUACUAAUACAUUUUUAAUUGGAACAUUUUUAUUCGAGAAAAAAGUACAUAAUUAUAACGUAAAUAUUUGUUUUCAAUAUUCAAAUAUUUAAGUAUCUGUUUAACAGUAAAUUGUUAACCAAAGUAAGCAAAAUUUUGUAAGCUGAAAGCUAAUUGAAAAAACAAGGUAUUUUUGCCGUAUAAAUGAAUACACGGCAUUAUUUUUAAGUUUUUGAAAAUUAUAUUUUUUUAUGUAUAUAAGAAAUCAUUAUUAUGUAAAAUGUAUUACUUUUGAAAUUAUUGAAAUAAAUUUG